ACAAAUAUUUGCCUUCGUCCGCAAUAUUGGGGGUUGGGGUUUUUCCAGAGCAAGGGUUUAACCUUGACUUCAGAUUUCCCCCCAUCUUUCUCUCUCCUCUCUUUCUCUCUCUUCCUGGGUUCCUCCUUCGGCUCUGCGCCCUACUCAAGACCACCGCUCUAAGACAAACUAUAAACACUGUAAAAACAACUGUUAUUUACAGUCCCAUCAAAAGUCUAUCAAAACGGCUUAUUAUUGUAGAAUCAGUAAGAUUAGGAGAGUUGUAGAGUCCAUGGCAAUGGGGGUUUACACCCCAGGCACCCCCUUUAAGUCUUCUUUCCGUUCUUGUGUCUGCCUAUCUCAAUCACGUGCCCUCUCUUCCUCUGUGGUGUCUUCUUCCUCCAAGAAAGCCCUUCACAGGCCAGAAGUUUUGGCACUCUUGACUGGCAAAUGUCCAUUUUCCACUCUAACCAUGUUUGGUAGAUCACUUCAUCUUAAACAUAGUUCAAGUUAUAACACCAUGCCAUCCGGUGGUUGGGAGCUUAAAGUUGAGCCAAAGGCGAGAAAUCCUUCUGCACCACGUGCUUUUAUGGUCCCACUUUUGCCAGAUACUUCCAAACCCUCAAAUGAAUCAGUUUGCCAACAAAUUAAGCAGGAAGAAAAUCAAGUUCCAACACAUCGAUGCGGCAACAAUUUGGAUAUUGCUUCUGAAACGACACAGCCCAACAGCGUUGGGCAAAGUACUGGUGGAGCUCUAUUAUGGGCUAAAUCAUGUGAGGAAAUACGGGAAAAGAGAAAGGCAUAUUUUCUGAAUAAUGCACAAGGUAAGUGUGAGGAUUUGCAAGAUGGCAGUUCAAAAUCAACUGUGCCUUCUUCUAUUAAUGUUAGUGGCAACAUGUCUAAUCAUCCAGUGCAGAAGGAUUUAAAUCCAGAGCUUACAUUAUUGAAAGAUGUCCAGUCCAACAGUUUGUCAAUGAAACGUUCAGAGGAAAGGAAAGCAAGGCCAGAAAGGGAUGCUGCAGAUGCAAAAUCUACUGCCAUUGCUGAUGAUGCAGAUGAAACAUAUGUUGAGCCAAGAACUGGUGAAGAGGCCCAAGGUGUUUGCCAGUCCCAUCUUCAUGGUAAGAAUGCACAAGGUAAGGAUGAGGGUUUGCAAGGUCGCAGUGAUUAUGAAUGCAGAAGUUCAAAAUAUAGUGUGCCUGCCUCUAUUAAUGUUAGUGGCUCCAUGUCUAAUCAUCCAAGGCAAAAGGAUUUAAAUUCAGCACAUACAUUAUCGAAAGAUGACCAGCCCAAUGGUUUGUUGUCAGAGAAUCUUUCAGAGGAAAGGAAAGAAACAAGUCGAAAACUAUUUCCAGCCAGCACCACUGAUAGUGCAGAUGAAAAAUAUAUUGAGCCAAUAACUGAUGAAGAAGCCAGAGGUGUUUGCCAGUCCCAUCUUCGUGAGAGGCUUGCUCACAUAUAUGAUAAGGUUCUUGUAGUUGAUAAUAUCUCUGUAGCGAAGGAAGUUGUUCGGAUGCUUACAACUCAAUACAGGCAUCACGUUUAUGCAUGUGAUACAGAGGUGGCUAAAAUAGAUGUGAAACAGGAAACACCUAUUGAUCAUGGAGAAUUAAUUUGCUUCAGUAUCUUUUCUGAGCCAGCAGCAAAUUUUGGCAAUGGGAAGUCUUGUCUCUGGGUAGAUGUCCUAGAUGGUGGUGGCAGAAGUCUUUUAGCCGAAUUUGCUCCAUUUUUUGAAGAUCCUUCCGUAAAAAAGGUUUGGCACAACUAUAGCUUUGACAGUCAUAUAGUGCGGAACUAUGGGCUUAAAAUAUCUGGCUUUCAUGCUGAUACAAUGCAUAUGGCUCGAUUAUGGGAUUCUUCAAGGCGAAUACUGGGUGGGUAUUCUUUAGAAGCACUUACAUGUGACCCUAAGGUCAUGUCUGGUGAGGGGUGCCACCUUGAUAAAAGUUUGAUUGGUAAAGUUUCAAUGGUAACCAUCUUCGGCAGGAGAAAGGUGAAGAAAGAUGGAUCUGAGGGCAAAAUUAUCACUAUCCUUCCUGUUGAAGAGCUUCAAAGAGAAGAGCGGAUACCAUGGAUUUGUUAUUCUGCCUUGGAUUCAAUAAGCACAUUAGAGCUCUAUAAGAGCUUGAAAAGUAAACUAGUUGUUAUGAAGUGGCAACUCGAGGGAGUCUGCAAAGGAACAAUGUUCGACUUUUACAUGAAAUAUUGGCGCCCAUUUGGUGAGCUUUUAGUAGAAAUGGAAACUGAGGGGAUGCUGGUCGACCGAGCCUAUUUCGCAGAGAUUGAAAAAGUAGCUAGAGCGGAGCAACAGGUUGCUGUGAAUAGGUUUCGCAAUUGGGCAUCUAAGUAUUGUCCCAAUGCUAAGUAUAUGAAUGUUGGAAGUGAUGCACAGUUGCGCCAGCUCUUUUUUGGCGGCAUUACAAACAGGAAGGACCCUGAUAAAAGUCUUCCAUUUGAGAGGAACUUUAAAGUUCCCAACAUCCACAAAGAGAUAGAAGAAGGCAAGAAAACUCCUGCAAAAUUUCUCAAUAUAAAACUACAUAGCCUUGGUCCUGAGAUACAAACUGAGCUGUACACUGCAUCUGGUUGGCCCUCUGUCAGUGGAGAUGCUUUGAAGACCCUUGCUGGAAAGGUUUCUGCAGAAUUUGAUUUUAUAGAUGAAGCUCAUGAGUUGCAAUCAGAUGAAAAUGUUGGAAAGAUGGAUCAAACGAGCAAUGGACUCUCAGAGAUAAAGGAAAGAGCUGCCAGUGGGGACAAAGAAUCUGCUUAUGGAACGGCUUAUGCUCCAUUUGGAGGGGGACAGAAUGGGAAGGAGGCUUGCCAUGCAAUUGCUGCUUUAUGUGAAGUUUGCUCUAUAGACUCUCUGAUAUCCAACUUCAUCAUCCCUUUGCAGGGCAGUCAUAUAUCAGGCAAGAACGGGCGUGUCCAUUGUUCACUGAAUAUCAACACAGAAACUGGGCGCUUGUCAGCUAGGAGACCAAAUUUGCAGAAUCAGCCUGCAUUAGAGAAAGACCGUUAUAAGAUUCGCCAGGCAUUUAUUGCUGCACCUGGGAACUCCCUUAUUGUUGCUGAUUAUGGACAACUGGAACUUAGGAUUCUUGCACAUCUUGCCGACUGCAAGAGUAUGUUGCAUGCCUUCAAAGCUGGUGGAGAUUUUCAUUCAAGGACUGCAAUGAAUAUGUAUCCACACAUUCGUGAAGCCAUUGAACAGAAGCGUGUGCUUCUUGAGUGGUAUCCUCAACCUGGUGAAGAUAAACCUCCUGUUCCUCUCUUAAAGGAUGCUUUUGCUUCUGAAAGAAGGAAAGCAAAGAUGCUCAACUUUUCAAUUGCAUACGGAAAAACUCCAGUGGGGCUUGCCCGCGAUUGGAAGGUUUCUGAGAAGGAAGCAAAGCAAACAGUUGAUCUCUGGUACAGUGAAAGACAAGAAGUGCUGCAGUGGCAGAAAAAACGUAAAUGGGAAGCCAAAUAUCAGAAAUGUGUUCAUACAUUACUAGGACGAGCCCGCCGGUUCCCUUCAAUGGAUAAUGCAACUUCCUCUCAAAGAGGUCACAUUGAACGAGCUGCCAUCAAUACUCCAGUACAGGGUAGUGCUGCUGAUGUUGCCAUGUGUGCCAUGUUAGAGAUCUCAAAAAAUGAGCGUUUGAAGGAAAUUGGAUGGAGGCUGCUUUUACAGGUUCACGAUGAAGUAAUCCUAGAAGGACCAGAAGAGUCAGCCGACAUCGCCAAGGCCAUAGUUGUCGAGUGCAUGUCCAAACCCUUUGACGGCAAGAACAUUCUUAAAGUUGACCUCUCUGUUGAUGCCAAAUGUGCUCAAAACUGGUAUUCUGGCAAGUAGGUUGUGGGUUCUGUCUGCCAAAACAGGUGCAGAUUUGUUUGAACCCCUGCUCCCCUCCCAUGGGCAUGUGAUUUGCAGCAGCUCAAGGAUGGAGUCUUGUGAUACCACCGUGUUGAUUUGUCUAUGCCAAUACGGUGGGUUAACCAAAGUCUUGGGAAGUACUUGUGUUGGGGGAAUUGGUUCAUAUUGAAACGCAAAGAAUUCGUCGAAGAUGACGCUGACUUGGACUUCUCCAGUGUAUGCCAUUGUUACAUUAAUGCUUUGGGCUCAGGGACUAGGGAAGUAGGGUAUUGGGUUGCAGCUUUAAUGCAGUUAUGUAAUUCUGCUGGAACAAUGAGAGCCUGCAAAUGAUUUAUCCAUUGUAUAAAAUCUUACAUUUUGAUGGCACUCCUGUCUAGUUCCUGUAAUACUAUAUUCAUAUUUCUGUUGCACGGUAUUAAAGCUCAAUUUUGAUGGUA